AUGCUGGCUGGGCAAGAUCCGGUAGCAGUUUUAUGUGAAAUUGUGGAUGAUGACGGUUCUAUGGCUAGAUUACCAAAGCUUCGUCAAUUUGCACGGGCAGCAAACUUGAAAAUUAUUUCCAUUGCUGAUUUGAUCAGAUAUAGGAGGAAAAGGGAUAAGUUGGUGGAGCGGGCUGGAGUUGCACGGAUACCCACAAUGUGGGGGCCAUUUGAGGCCUACUGUUAUAAGUCAUUGCUUGAUGGGAUUGAGCACAUUGCAAUGGUUAAAGGUGAAAUUGAGGACGGGAAAGAUAUACUUGUGAGGGUACAUUCUGAGUGUCUCACAGGUGACAUAUUUGGAUCAGCCAGAUGUGACUGUGGAGACCAGCUAUCUCUUGCAAUGAAGCAAAUUGAAGCAGCUGGUAGGGGUGUUUUGGUGUAUCUCCGUGGACAUGAAGGUAGAGGAAUUGGUUUGGGUCACAAGCUCCGAGCCUAUAACCUGCAGGAUGAUGGGAGUGACACGGUUGAAGCCAACGAAGAGCUAGGAUUACCAGUUGAUUCUCGUGAGUAUGGCAUAGGUGCACAGAUACUACAAGAUGUAGGUGUUCGAACGAUGAGGCUGAUGACGAACAAUCCUGCAAAGUAUAUUGGACUCAAGGGUUAUGGUUUGGCCAUUGCUGGCAGGGUCCCAUUAUUGGCACCAAUAACUAGGGAGAACCAGAGAUACUUGGAGACCAAACGUUCAAAAAUGGGGCAUGUCUAUGGUUCCAAUUCUAAUGGUAAUGUAAAUGGCACCACUGAUGAAAGUAGUUCAAACAUUGACAACCCAUCUACCGGCAUGUCGGAGACAUGA